AGAAGCCAACAUCAAAUCAAUAAAGAUCUUGUGUGAUUAAAAUCCUUAAAACAAGAAAUCCAAAUUUAUGAACGUUUGUACAUACUCUGAGACAAGAAAUCGACACAUUACAUCCGAUAUCAACUGUAGAGAAAUGGUGUAUCGCUUAUUCACAGUAACAAGAACGUUACAAAAUAACCAAUGGUGCUUCGCUUCUUAAACCACGCGUGCUUAUUAAGAUAAAAGAAGAAAAGUGAUUUGAAAAUGUAUGAGAUUUUUCUGAGCAAAUUCAUUGGGGGAGGAGAAUAGGACAUUGUGUAGAAGAAUGUACAGUAGAAUACAUGGGUAAAAUCAUAGACAAGGUAGACAAAUGAACUGUAGUAAACAAGUGAAAGUGAUUAGUGCGUUUAUCUGAAAAAAUUAUCUCGUAGUACUUGGUAGGUAUGCGAAGUUCUUACUACAUAAUUCGUGAAUAUUCAGUGAGUGGCAACUUAUUAAAUAAGUUAUAAAUGGAAGUGAUUUACUUCGUUUAUUUUGGUUGUAUAUUUUCUUGAACGUAUGCCUGAUCAUCAUCCUGUGACUUGAUGCAAUUAUAAGAAAGUGAAAUCAUGGAAUGUCUGGCAAUAUAUAAUGAAGUUAUCAGUAAAUUGUAAUGAAAAGAAACGAACCAAGAGGGGUGCGUUAUGAUUUCUUCAUAAAUAUAUCAACUUGGAGGUAAAAUUAAGAUGUUAUCAGAACAAACUUACUCUAUAACCCAUCACCUGUUAAAAUGUUGUUGAGCACUAUUUACUAUGCUUUGCUCACAAAAACUAACCUACCAGCGGGGUUUGCAUCGUCUUUUUAGAUUUUCUGUAGCACUUUAUUCAAAACGUAGCGAUUCUGAACUUGCUGAUCCUUACAAAGUUGUGAAGGCAAAAAAAUCUGUGAACAAUGGAGAAGACAAUCUUCUCAGCAUACCACCAAAUUGGGAGUUACUUACACCAUAUGGGUAUCGGUUCUUCCUUCCGGGAAGUGUUGGCCCAGCAUGGUACGAUGCUACCUCAAUUGCUCAAUUAGGAACCAUUUCGUUUCCUUUAGGGGAAGAUUCCGAUGAAAAGGUCACUAAAGAGAUAAAUGGACAUUUUAAAUUUUCAACACAAGAUUGCCCAGUUCUUUUGCGAAAAGGAGUUACAGAAUUAUUUAAUGGGUUGGACUUUACUGAUUCUGCCCUGACAAUAAUAUCUCUAUCGUGUAAGACAUGUCCUGACACUCGUGAAGAUCCUGGAAAUGAGGGGAUGUUUGUUCUAGCUGCUCAAGAAAUUUGUGCCAGAUUAAGGAUGGCAGGUUAUUGGGCCGACUUCAUCAAUCCCUUUUCUGGCAGGCCUUGUAUUAGUCCAGCACCAACUAUGCCCCUAUACGAAACAGAUCCUCGUUUCCGUUGUCUGGAUUUUCAAGUAAUACAACAAGCAGGUUGUAAAGUAAUUGGAUUAGGAAAGAAACACAAAUUCAUAGGAAGCUUGUUCACCACUGCUCCAACAGACGCUGCCAUCCUCAACAAAGUCUUCUCUAAAUAUGAAUAAAAGUAUCUUCUUUCAGAAAUGUUAAUAUUUUAGAAUGUAAAUAGAAUUAUUUAUAAAAUGUUCAAAAAUUUGAAGGUUAUAAAGUUCACUCUUACAGAAGUAUUGAACGCACGUGUUUAUUUAAACAUAUCGACAUAAGAGAUAAUACAAAGCUUGGUUCUGUGAAGGUUGUCUUUUCAACCCAUUGCAAGAAUACAAACUAUACAUGGAUUUAAAUUUAAAACGCAAAAUAUCCUAAUAUUCAUCGUCUGAAACCUGUCCCACAUCAGCAUUUCGAGCUAGCAUGUAAUUGUCCAUAUCAAUUGAACGACAGUUAUUAAUGGCAUAACGCAGUCGUUCUGCCAACACUUCCUGGCUACUGUAAGGAGGCAGUCUUAGUUGAAAAAAGCAGGUCUGUGCUGUGGGGAGUCCAUCUGGUGCACGAUCUACUUUCAUGACCUGGAAUCGUUGAGAGAGGUCAGCAAGAUUUGCUGGCAGACGAGAUCUUCCAGAAACAAAGCGCAUAAAUAAUACUCUUUCAGCAUUAGUGAAGCCUU